AUGGGCAAAUUCAAGAAACCCAGAAAAGCAGGGCUGGUCCUGGCUGGAUGCUACUCCAGACACAAAGCUGUCACAGACCACCCUUACAGCCACGCCCUGACCACUGGAAUUGACCCCUGUCCCCAAAAAGUGACAGCUGGCAUGGGCAAGAAGAAAAUUGCCAAGAGAUCAAAGACCAAGUCCUUUGUGAAAGUUUAUAACUACAGUUACCUCAUGCCCAGGUCCUCCGCAGACAUCCCCUUGGACAAAACUGUUCUCAACAGAGAUGUCUUUAGAGACCCAGCCCUGAAACACAAGGCCUGGCUGGAGGCCAAGGUCACGUUUGAGGAACAAUACAAGAUAGGGAAGAACAAAUGGUUUUUCCAGAAGCUUUGCUUUUAG